CGGGCCGAGUCGUGCCUCGGGCGGGUCCUGCGAAGGGCGCUCCGGCUCCGGUCGCUGUCGCCGGCGGCGGGCGCGCUCCGGGCGGGCGAAUCCGAGUCGGAGGAAGCGUCCGGCUCCCGUGGAGAUAUUUGCUGGGACUAAUGUAGCUGAUGAAAUAUCUCCUCUUUUCUGCUCAAGUAUGAGCGUUCAAGGACAGUAGCUGUCUGGCUUUGGUUAUUCAAGAUGCAGAACAGACGAGCAUAUUGCAGCUAUUGCUGUGCGCACUAUGAUAACCUGGAACAGCACACAUCCAGUGCUCAGCACAGAUACUCGACCACACAGAGCAGACAGCGCAUGGGUACCGCUAGUUUGAUGGAACGUUUCUUGCAGGAUGUACUGCGGCACCACCCAUAUCAUUGUCGAGAAAGCAGAUCAAUGCAAAAUGAGAGACAUACGAAUAUUGUGUCACCUCCUGAAGUGGUCCCUAUUAAUGAUUUUGUUCCUGAAGAAAUAACCGAGGAUGCUGCUGGAUUCAGAGGAGAGAUGUCCACCAAGGGUUUUGGACCUACUCAAAAGUUAUAUUCUAGACCUAGUAAAUCUCAGGAAUACAUACAGAGUGUUUCAAUUCGACCAUCAGUUAUUCAAAAACUGGAGAAGGGACAGCAGCGGCCGUUGGAGCUCGUUCGUGAAAUUGGGGACAGUAGGGAAGAAUUGAAUCCAGUCGUCAUCGGUGAAGCUACAAACAGUGGGCACAAGCUGCCAUGUCCGCCAGUGGUUUCUGACGCCUCUGCUAGUGGUUUACCUGCACGUUCUCGUGCUGGACCUGUUACAACGACUGGGUUACCAUUAGCAGCCCUUCUGAAUUCAGUUAGCAAACGUGACCCAAACAAAGUUGACAGAUGCCCUGAGUCGCUGGACAGGGGCUCUAGAAAUCCUAUGCUGUCAUCCCCUCUAGAAACGUCUUCAGUUUCAUAUCAGAAAACUAAAGAAUCAAAUAAGAAAUCUUUAUGUAUAAAUUCAGAUAAAUUGAUUAUAAAGGAAGAUGUAAAAUCUCAGGGUAAAACUUUGUCAACUGGCUUUAAAUUCCCUGAGUUUGUGGGUACUGAAGGCUGCUUAAAAUUUGAGUCUCUUUCCAAAUUAGCAGUAAAUCCAGUAAUCAACCCGAAUGAAAUUGACAUGGCUUCUGAUAAAGGAAUCUGUGAAGAUGGCAUUCCAAAGCGUCAUGAGAAAUUCUUCUCUAAUUUGGAUUGUACCCGAGAAACAAAGCAUUUGGUUUUUAACAAGUCAGUCCUUUUGGAACAGAAGAACUUAGUGAGUUCCGAAAUGAAGUUUGACUGUGGCUCUCUUCACUCAGUAUCUGAUCAACCCCAAGACGCUGUACAAGACCUUUGGAAUGAGGAGCAAAUUGACCAAGAAGGCAAGAACUGUGAAUUAAGGGGUUCUGAAAUGAGUUUUGAUUGCACUUACUCUUUUCAUUCACUGACUGAUCAGUUGAAAGGGACUUCCAAAGAAAUAAACCUUUCAAAGGAAGUACAUGCUGAUUUGCAGGAUAAGAAUAACAAAUCUUGUGUUUCUGAAGUAAGUUCUGACUGUAGUGGCUCUCUUCAAUUGGCUACUAACCGAACUCAAGUAAUUGUUAAAGACACAAGUUUUCAGAAGGCAAUGCAUAUUAGCUUGGUUGGUGAACGCUAUGCAUCUAGUGAUUCUGAGAUUAAUUUUGAUUGUGGUGCCUCACUUCAGUCAACUGAUGACUACCUCAGACAGCCUGCAAAGGAAAUAAAUCUUGCUAAGGAGGUACACGUCGGCUUGGUUGAUAAGGACUAUGGAUCUAGUAGCUCUGAAAUAAGUGCUCAUUCUGUUUUCCCGCUUCAGUCAGUGCUUGACCCACUCCCAGUGGCUGUCACAGAAACAAAACUUCGGAAGAAGAUUCACAUUGGCUUGGUUGGUAAGAACUAUGGAUCAAGUUGUUCUGAAACAAGUUUUGAUUGUGGUGUUUCUCUUCAGUCAGUAGUUGACCAUCCCCAACUGGCUGUCAAGGAAAGACACCUAAAGGAUAGACGUAUCUACCUAAGAGGUAAGAACCAUAAACCCAGUGAUGUCUCUCUUGAGACAGUGACUGAUGAACCUCAGAGGGCUGUUGAAGAAAUAAAUCUUCUUAAAGAGAAGCAUGGCCUUGUGGACAUGGACUGUGAAUCUCAUGGUCCUGAGAUGAGUUUUCACACUGGUGCUCGAUUAGUGGUUGACCAAUCCCAGAUAGCAGUUAAAGAAAGAAACUGUCGAGAAGUAGCUAUUGACCAGGAGAAUAAGAGUGGCAAAUCCAGUGUUUCUGAUCUAAGUUUUGAUUCUCAUGCUUCUUUUGAUCAGUUAGCUAAUCAUCAACCUGAAAGGGCUCUGGGUGAAAUAAAUCUGAAAGAGUUAAACGUUGACAUGGAAGUGAAGAGCUAUGGGGGCUCUAGUUCUGAGCUGACUUUUGAUUCAGAUCCCCCUCUGCUGUCAGUUACUGAGCAUUCCGGGCUUGAUGUUGAGGAAAUAAGAAAAAGGCACAGUCACCUGGGAGAUGAGAGUUAUGAGUCAAACAGUUCUGAAAUGACUUUUGAUUCCGAUAUUCCUUUCUCUUUAGUAGUUGACCAAUCGCAAGUAGCUGUUUAUGAGGAGGAACUUACUCAUCUGGAAAAUAAGAGUAACGAAUCUUGUGUUUCUGAAAUAACUUUUGAUUCUGACAUACCUCUUCAUUCAGGGACUGAUCAACCUGAAGUAGCUGUUAAAGAAAUAAUCAUUCAAAAAGAAGAGUGUGUACACUUAGAGAGGGAGAAUGAUGAACCCAGUGGUUCUGAAAUAAGUUUGGGUUCUUGUGACGCUCAUUCGAUGACUAGGCUUCCUGAAGCAGCUGUUCAAGGGCUAAAUCUCCAUAAAGAAGAGCAUGUACAUUUAGAAAACAGGGGUAAUGGACCCAGUGUUUCUGAAAUCAGUUUGAAAUCUGCUAUUUCUCUUCAUUUAGUGACUGAUCAUCCUGACAUAGCUGUUAAAGAAAUAAACCAUCAGAAAGAAGAACAUGUAAACUUAGAAGAUAAGGGUAAUGAGUUAAGUGUUUCUGAAACAAGUUUGGAUUGCCGUAUCCCUCUUCAGUCAGCGACUUACAAACCUGGGGUAGUUGUUACAGAAAUACGGCUUCAAAAUGAAAAGCACGCUAAAAUCAAAGGUAGAAGUGCUGAAUUUAGCAGUUCUGAAGUGGAUUUAGAUUCCGAUGUCUCUCACUGUUCAGUGGCUGAACUUCAAGUAGUUGUUAAAGAAAUGAAUGUCCGGAAAGAAGAGCAUGUUGUUCUAGAAAACAAGAGUGAUAAACGCAGUGGCUCUGAAAUAAUUGUGGAUUCUGAUGUCCCUCCUCAGUCAAUGACUGAAAAACCUCGAAUAGCUGUUUUGAGGGAACACCAUGUUGACCCAGAAGAUGAAAGUGCUGAAUCUAGAGGUUUUGAAAUAAAUUUGGAUAUUAGUGCCCCUCCUCAUUCACUCACUGACCAACCUCAACUAGCCCUUUGGAAGGAAAAACAUGUUGAUGUGGAAGAUCAGCUGUUGUUGUGUUGUGGCCGUGAUGUGGAUAUUGAUGUGGAGGAUCCAAACAGUGAGCCUCACGACUGUAGAAUAAGUUUUGAUUCUAAUAACCCUGCUCUUCAGCCAUUGACGGAACAAUUUCAGGAAGCAGUUAGAAAACCAAACCUAUGCAAGGAGGAGGGUAUUGGUCUGGAAAAUAAGGUUGAUGGACCCAGUGGUUCUAAAUUAAUACAUGAUUCUGAUGUUUCUCUUCAGCCACAGGCUGACCAACCUGAAGUCGCUCUUGAAGGAAUAAACCUUGAGAAUGAAGAUCAUGUGUACUUGGAAGAUAAGGGCAGCCAAUAUAGUGGUUCUGAAAUGAGUUUGGAUUCUGAUUUCUUGGUUCAAUCAAUAAUUGAUCAACCUCAAAUCACUAUUUUGGAGCAGGAGCAUCUUGAAUUGGAAGAUAAGCACAAGGAAUCUUGUGGUUCAGAAAUGAGUUUUGAUUCUGAUGACCCUUUUCAGUCAGUGGCUGACCGGCUUAGAGAUACUGUUCAAGAAAUAAGCCUUUGGAAGGAUGAAGUUGACGUGGAAGGUAAGAGGGAUGAGUCUCAGGGUUUUGAAAUUGUAUAUGAUUCCGGUGUCCCUUUUCAGUCAGUGGCUGGCCAAACUGGAGAAGUCGUUAAGGAGAUGGACCUUUGGAAGGAACAUGUUGACUUGGAAGAUCAGAUUGUUGAACCUAGUGAUUCUAAAAUAAAUUUGGAUUCUGAUGAACCUCUUCAGUGUGUGGCUGAUGAAAUUCAAGAGGCUGUUACAGAAACAAAUCCUCUGAGAGAGGGGCAUGUUUGUGUGGAUGGUGAGAAUCCCGGUGAUUCUGAGCUCGUUUACGUUUCCAAUGUCCCCCUUCAAUCUGCGGUUGAGCACCCACAUGGUUUGGAAGGGGAACAUGCCAGUCUGGAUGAUAAGAGCAGUGAUCCUUGUGAUCCUGAAAUCAAUUUUGCUUCUGAUGAUCCUCUUCAGUCAGUGGCUGACUGGCCUCAGAAAGCCGUUAAAGGAGUAAGUCUUUGGAGAGAAGACCGUGUUUACCUGGCAGAGAGGAGCUAUAAACUAGCAGACUUUGAAGUAAGUUAUGAUUCUGAUGUUCCUGUUCAUGUUGUGGCUGAUCAGUCUCCUGUGGCCGGCAAAGAAAUGAACUUGCAAAAGAGGGAUCAUAAUGACCUAGAAAAUAAGGAUGGUGAACCUAGUGUUUCUGAAGUAAAAUGUGAUUCUGGUGUUCAUCUUCAGUUAGAACUAGAACGACCACAAGUGGUUUGCAACGAAGUAAGCCUUCGGAAGGAAGAGCAUCUUGGCAUGGAAGAAAGGACCAGUGAACCUUGUGAUUCUGAAAUAAUGUGUGAUUCUGAUGUCCCUCUUCAAAUAGUAGUUAAUGACCUUCAAGUGUCACUCAAAGAAACAAAUCCUAAAAAGAUGCUGUUAGUGGAUGUGGUGACCAGUGGUAGUGAUUGUGAAAUGAUUUCUGAUUCUGACAUCACUUUUAAGCCAACGAUUGACUCACCUCGAAUGACUGUCAAAGAAAUGGACUGCAUAAAUGUGGAAAGUUUUGAUCCAGAAGGUGAGGGCUGUGACUCUAGUGAUUGUGACCUGGGAUAUGUUUGUGAAGCUCCUCCUCGAUUGGUGACAAACCCAUCCAAAGAGACUUUCAAAGUCGUAAACAGGAAGAAAGACUGUAUUAUUCUGGAAGAGUCAAGCUGUGAGUGUUAUGGUUCUGAAAUAAAUUUUCAAAUUGAUGCCUCUCAUCAGUCCAUGACUUAUCAAUCACAAGGGCCUGAUAAAAAAAUCAUGAAAUAUAUUGACCCAGAAGAUAAGAGCUGCGGAUCUAAUAGUCCUAAAAGAAAUUUUAGGUUGGAAGACACUUCUCAGCCCGUGACUCACCAACUGCAGAAAGCUGACAAAGAAGUCAGCCUUUGGAAAGAUCUGGAAAAUAUUGGCCUAAAAGAUAAGAACCGUGAAUCUAGUGUUUCUGCAAUGGAUUGUAAGGCCUAUCCUGAGUCAGCGACCCAUCAAAUGACGGAUACAGAAAACCUUUUGAAGUUAAAACCUACAGAUCUAGGAAGUAUGUGCUAUGAACCUUGUGGUUCUGCAGUGAAUUUUCAGUGUGAUCCCUCUCUUCGGUCUGACACUGACCAGACUCAAGAAGUUGUUAAUAAGAAGCUGUCUUUUGACACGAAAGAAACGAAUCAUAAUUCCCAUUUGAGCCCUGUUCCUGUAGUUGAUUCUAUAAGGAACUUGGAAGAAGCAAAAGGGAUCAUGGAAGAUAAUCCUGAUGAACCAGUUCUUGAAGACUUGCCUCAUGUCCCUCCUUCAUUUGUGGGGAAAACAUGGUCUCAAAUAAUGAGAGAAGAUGACAUAAAAAUUAAUGCUCUUGUGAAGGAAUUUAAGGAAGGCCGUUUCCAUUGUUACUUCGAUGAUGACUGUGAAACCAGGAACAUUAAAAAAAAAAACUUGAAUGAAGGAAAAAAGAGUACCUGGGCUGACCUCGAUCAGGACACUGCAUCAAUUCAAGUUCUCUCAGAAUGUGAUGCUAAUGCAGGUGGUGUUUUGGAUCUUGAUGCCUUUUCAGUGGCCUUCCAUAAACCUAGCCAUCAUUCUACAGCAAAGAUGCCUUCUGAGCAAACAUGGCGAGUGGCGUCUCGAUGCCAGGCUGUCAAAGUCAGCCAUGGAACUCAAACCAAUCUCAUGAGACACCCAGCGACGAAAAGAAAAUUCAUUAGAGAAGAUGAAGACUCGCCAGUAAGGAAGGACAGAAAAACAAAAAAAGUCAAAAUUGGAACAGUUGAAUUUCCUGAUUCAUAUGUUCAAGUUAUGAAGCCUUUGCAGCCCAAUGCCUUAGUCUAUGUUCUUUCUUCAAAUAUGAAGCUGAAGGAAGGUGAAUCCUUCAACUUGUCUAAAAUGAGGCGCCAAAGGGAUGUAAAUAAUCGGAAUAUUAGCAUACGCUACAGAUAUAAACAGAGUUCCUUUAGUUAUUAUGACCCAUUGAGUAAGCAAAUUAUAAUUGAUCCUUCUCUGAACCUAGACGUGCCAAAGUCACACAGGACUAACCACGUCCGCGUUCCUUUUAGUGACCUAAACUCCAGUGCAGAAGAUGAUGGUGCUCGUGGGCAAAGUUCUGCCUCAGCAUAUUUUGUGUCAGUAAGACAUGGAUUAAUGUCACAUCAGAGGGCCAGUGGACCUUCUGUGUUUCUGGAAAAAUCAGAGAUUUUGAAUGCUAGUGAUGUUCCCGAGGAAAGUAAUUUCCAAUUAACUCUUUUAAAUUGUGAUGCUGCCAAAAUUGCUCCAAAAUCGGUUACAAAUAAGUGUUUAGAAAGUAAAAAGAAAAUUCAGAGAAGAAAGGUGACAACUCAUGAUAAGCCAGGUUUUCCCCAGAAGGCUUAUGGACCAAUUGUUCUCCAGCAAGGAAGGAGAAUCACUUCAGAACAACAUUCAAUUUGGAUUCGCACCAAACUAAAUGAUAUAAUUAAAAAGUACAUUUCAAAAUACUCUGUUUUUUUGCGCCAUAAAUAUCAGUCCAGAAGUACUUUUCUUAGAACGCAUCUUAAGAAGAAAACAUUGGAUGUCAGUGGGUUAACAAAGAGGAAGAGAGCAGCCCAGAUGCUUUUGGACUCCUCGGUUCCGUCCUCUGGGGCUGAGGAGCACGUGAGACCUACAGCGAGCCCUUCUCGCAAGCAGCCCGUGCAGGAUCCUUCCAGUGCUGCGGCAAGUAAGAGGAAUGGUAAAAAACGUUCUGGAAGAAAAGGAAGAAAGCCUCCUAGACCAGUUAGAAUAUAUGCUUUGAGAAGUUUAUGUUCUCAGGUGCCAUAUAAAUGAGGUCUCGGGUAUCAGGGAGACAGUGAGGUGACGAGGCGGACGGGAAGUGUCUGUGUUGAGGCUGGUGAGGGUUCAAUCCUGCGGUUAGAGGGUAUUGGGUACUCGGGGCACAUAGCUCCCCUAACUUGGGUGAAAAAAUUAACCUUCAACUAUUUUGCUAUAGAAAUUGUUGUUGGGAACUUUUAUAUUCAUUUAAAAUUAGUGUUUAAGGUCCUUUGUUUAAAGAUUCCAAAGCACCUUUCAUCUGUUUGCUGUGGAAGAGCUUCAUCUUAGUUUAUAUCCCAUAAUUUAGCGCAGUAUAUACAAUUUUCUCCGUCAAAUCAUGUCCAUUUAUUUGUUAUCAUUGUACCUCUCUUGCCAGCAGGGUGUAAUAUAGCAAGAAUGAAUAUGACAAACAUUAAAUGUUAUUUUUACUUUUUAAAAAUUGGAACAAAUGAAUAUGGACGUCUAUUCUGUGUGUUUCAGAGUGACAUUGUCAAUGUCACGUUCUAACUGGAUAAUUAAAAAGGAAAAAAUAAAUUAUCUCAGCUUUUGAGUAGGGAUCACUUAAAUAAUCACAAACAAAAUAUAAUUUAUCCUUCUUUUAAAAGCAUUCCAGAGAGUGGGAUUCCGUAGCCUUUAAUGCAGUUUUAAAGCUGCUGGGCGGGUAUGUACGUCACAUAAACCAUCCUGCCUCACUGCAGCUGCACCUGCACGGCUCUGACUUUCCGCCUGUGGACAUUUGCACACAUACAACCUCUGAAGGCUUUCCUGGGGUCGACGGUCUUAGAUGGUAGGGAAAAGACCUUGCUAGUGAGGCGAGGCUCGUCCCCUCCGCUAUUCCCUCCUCCAGAAGGGUUGGCGGCUUGGUAUGAAAGUCCGGGUUAUCUUAUGGCCUUCUCUCUUAAAAAUAUUUUAUAUAUUACCAUGUCAUUUUUUCAUGGUUUGAACUGAAAUUAUUGGUUUGGUGAUUUGGGCAGACUAUUAAUUGUUGUUAUCAACAAAUUAUUUAUAAUCUUAAUGUUUCGAAAGAUCUAAUAAAACUAAUAACCUAAGUGGAGGCCCAUUUUGCAAGUGAAAACCGAUGUAUUUGCACAUGAUUUUGGCAUUCCUUAGACUUGCUAACUGAUUGGUUCACAUAAAAGAUGUUAGAUGUGCAGCUUUGGGCCUGAGGUCCCCGGGAUCUGUUUAGAUCUUUUAUUCAAGGACAGCUGAGCCGGAUGGGUGCGUCCUAUUACCCUGUUAAGCCAAGGCCCUGGGGCCCUUUUCCGUCAUUAAUGUUAAAGGGAAGCAUGGUUUUCAUCUGUACUGUAUAAACCGUAUUUUGCUGAAACUAGAUCAGUGUACCUGAAUUCAGAGAUAAAAGCGUGUUACCACAGAUUCAACGAGAUAGAGUGUAACAGUUUGUUUCCAAAUGUAGUUUUACUUCAGGGCCAUUAUCUAAUCUGUGGGUAUGUUAUGAUGAUGUUAUGUUGUAAUAUCUUUACUUCUAAAUUUGAAACAGUAAUUAUGUUGAAAAAAAUGGACUGAUGUUUACAUUUUUUAGUUGCAAAGCAACUUCAGCCUUGCCUCGUAUACAAACAUAUUUUAACUUCCUUUCUUAAAAUAUCACUGUGGGCCACCAGUUUAAAAUAAUCCUCCAAUUUUAAUUCAGGAAUAAAACCGUCCUACUGAUUAGUAAGUAAAUAAGCAGCUAAUCUAUAAAGAUAUUCUAUCUGUGGGUGUUGGUGCCUUUUCUUCCUAUGAAGUAGACAUGUAAUGCCCUCAUGUACUAUUAGGAGCUAUUCUUCAGGCUUUCAGUGUAAGUUUAAAAGAAAGAGAUCACAAGGAAAUAACGUCCUAGGUGAUUGUGAUGCGUCCUGUCCGUUGUGAUUACAUCAUGCAGAGGGCAGUUCUUACAACUCAAGUGAUCAGAAACUUAAAGUUCAAACAAUUUUACUGCCUUUUUCACAUUGGAGACUCUUCUGAGUACCAUUUUUUUUUGAGGGAAAAGGUUCAUAUUUAAAACAUAUUACUAAAAAUAUAAAAGUGUACUACAGUCCUGAUGAUUUUAAAAAAAUAUUUUAGAAAUGCUUACUAAGUUCCUGUAAUCAUUAUUAUUUUAGACAAGCCUGAAAACCUGAAAUUGUAAAAAUUACAGUUUAAAUUAAGUUAGAAAUGAAUUACUUUCAGAAUUCGGUAGGAUAUGAGAUGAGCUGCUUUGAAAAAAUACAUCUGGGCUUAAUUUGCAGAUUAGAUAAAACAAUUGGAUGUUUUUUGUGUAUUCAAGAAUGCAUUAAAUUCUUUUAAUACUAAAAAAUCAAAUUACAGUCACGAUGAAUAUUUUAUUAAUCUUGUCCUUGUUCAGUAUCUUGCACAGGUUUUUAUUAUAAUUGCCCCAAGUUGUACAGUAUGUGGACAAUAUUGUGUAAAGUGUGUGUUGCAUUUGUGCGUUUAAAUUAUUUGUAUAACUAGGGCUCUGAGUGACACUUUUUUUGGUAAAGAGAAACUAUAUUUAAAUAUUCAAACAAUUAUAUAUUUACAUGUAAAACUAAUGUGAAGACUAAUGUAUUUUUAAUAAUGCAAUUUAAAGAGUAAAUUUGUUUUCAAAGUUAUCAAGAUAAAAUUGAUCAAAUAUUGAAAUUUGUCUCUAUUUUCUCCUCAUGUUAGGAACUUUUUCUGGGAAUAUUUAAGGAAUUAGAGAAUAAUGAAAACAGAUGUUUAUUUUGUAGAUGGUCUUAGAGAUAAUAAGUAAGAGAAUAUAAAUGUUGAUGCUGGUGAUAAAAGAGUUAAACCAAAGAUACACAGGUUAUAUUCGACGGCGUUGUUACUUCAAAGGAUUCCAGUUGGACAACUCUCGGUCUGGUGGAGCGGUGGGCGGCAGCUUUUCACUUUGCCUAUAUUGGAAGAGUCACUGAGCAGGACUGAGUUCAGGAGGCAGGAUCCAUAUCGUUAUUCGACACCUACUGGGGAGAGAGAACUCUAGUGCCUCCAGUCCGACUGCGUGUAUCAUAAAGGACAAGAAAACAGGGAAGUGUGUACGUAUGUCAGCGGGGGAGGUGCCUUGGGCCUCAGUACUAUUGACUUCUGGGGUUUUUUGGUCCAGGAUUAUAUUGUUAAGAUGAACAACAGCCUGCUCUUUAUAAUAGAAAAUUACUAGAGUAAAAAUAUAAGAUGAAAAUCCAUUUUCAAUCAAAGACUUUACAUAGACAGAGAAAAUGUGGAAAAUAGUGAAAAGUCUUGUAAGUAGGGAAUUACCCACCAAAAUGUCAAUUUAAGAAAAUCAGAGGCUGAGGAAGAGUCUCACCAUUUCCUUGUACUUUGUUUAGACCCUAAAUAUUAGGGAGAUAAUAUAUUUAGUACGUUUCCUCUGUCCCUCUUAAACUUUCUAUGUAUAUUUUAAAAGUUCUCCCAGAGUAUUUUAAACUAUUCACCUUGAUUAAGAAAUGGAUCGAGGAUGAACUGUAGUUUGUUGCUGAAUCUUUAAAUAAGUAUGAACUUAAACGUGUUUCUGAGUUUGUAAUUUAUUACAUGCAUUUUAUUUUCUGAGUUUUUAAGCAGGACGUAUGCAUGCACGCGUUCAUACAUCCUGAGCCCUUAUCAAGUGCUGGGCAUUUUUCUAGGCUUUUAAUCUGUACUUUCUAAGCUUUUAACUUGUAUUACCUCAUUUGAUAUUGAAAGAGCCCUUAUGAAUUAGGUACUGUAAUUGCCGCUGAAUAGCAGAUGAGAAAAUUGGGGCAUAGAGCCUCAAUUUUGGGGUUACAAAUGAGUUGUUAUUUACUGUGAUCACAUGGGGAUUGUAGUUAACCCUCGCCCCAUCCACAGUCCUGGACGACCACUGACCCACUAAUUCUGCCUGUAUUCUUUAGCCUACUUACGGACGUUUCAUAUAAACGGCAUUGUGCGAUCCGUGGUCUUUUGUGUCUGGCUUCUUUCCUUACCGUAUGUUUUUGAAGGUCACGUUGUCACAUGUAUCAGUAGUUUGUUCUUUUAUAUUGCUGAAUGGGAUUUAUAACCAGUUUUUUAAGAAGCUGGUGACAGAACGCUGGCCUCCCGAUAAUGAAUAUGGUAAAAGCCAUCAGGUCGAGGCUGGCUCUUCCUUGAUGUCUCUCAUACCUGUUUUCCUUGAUUUCUACCCCAAUUCCAAGGCCGACCUGCUGUCUGCCUUUUCAAGUGCUCUUAUCCCGUCCUUGAAUGCUUUCUGCCGCCUCUGUCUGCGACUCGUAUGUCCUUUGCUGCCUGUCCCGGCACUCUUUUCACUGUGCUCUGCAGAUCCUCAUUUUUAGUGUCAGCACACUACCCUGUGUUCUCAGUCCUUUCUCGAUGGCUUGCUGGCAGGUAACUGCAUUGUGUCCGGGUUGCCCAUUAUCCUAGUCUACAGGUGCUGAAGACCCAUGAAGUGUUGACAACGGUGCUGGUCGUGGUGGGCGUUCUUUUUAAAGAUUCCUCUCCCACGCAGCCGCAGUGCACACCAUCAAAAUCAGGAAAUCGGCCUUGACAGGCCGUAACCCUCCACUCUGCACACACAUUAGAUCGUGCAGAGUGUCCCAAACGCCUUCCGCAGGUCCAGGACUCGCCCCAGGGUCGCUCUGUUGUGACUCUGUAGGGUCCUUCAGGGUGCAGAGGCUCCUCGGCCUUUCUUUGUAUUUUAUAAUCUGACAUUUGAAGUGUACAAGCCGGUUACUUUGUGGAACGUCCCUCACUUUGAGUUUGUCUGAUGUUUCUUUAUAAUAAAUGCUUUUUUCGGGGGUGGGGGAUGACAGAAUUCUGUGGGCUUCUCAGUGGAUCCUAACAGGGAGCCAUGUGAUGUCAAUUUGAAUAAACGUGG